AUGGUAAAGCUGGCCUUUUCCAUUUCCUUCUCAAACCCUCAUUGCCUCUUCCGUCUCGCAGACUCUCGCAGACCCUAUGAGAACGACAGUCUCGCCUCCAUCCUAUCCUCCAGUCGCCGCCGUCUCCCUUCUCGAGGUAGGGUGUUGUGCGUGUGCGGACACCAUCAGUUGCUGGAUUCAUUAACCCCGGUUCUGAGGGAUUUCAAAAGCUAUUUUUCCGUUGAGGAAAUCGCCAUACCAGUGCACUCAAACAUUGAAGCAUCAUAUGCCGCACAUCCUAUUGCUGAUGUCUUUAUCAACUUUGCUUCAUACAGAAGUGAUGCUGCUUCUUCCAUGGCUGCUUUGAAGCAACCAACCAUUAGAGUUGUGGCAAUCAUUGCUGAAGGUGUACCUGAGUCAGCUGAAGGUGUACCUGAGUCAGACACUAAGCAAUUGAUUGCAUAUGCACGGGCAACCAACAAGGUUGUCAUUGGCUCAGCUACUGUUGGAGGAAUUCAAGCUGGUGCUUUUAAGAUUGGUGACACUGCUGAAACAAUUAAUAACUUUAUUCCUGUAUUUUCUGGAUAAUUCUUUUAUCCCCUUUCUUCUGCGUUUAAUUUGCUUAGGAAAAUUUGUUUUGGAACUAAAAGUGUAUGUCUCGUAAUGUGAUUAAACUCUGUUAACAAGGAUUUUGAUCUCUAGAUUUUUCAUGGUGGAAUUCUUAUGGUGAUAAUUUUCUGCCGAUGUCUUUGUUUUUGUACUUCUCUCAAUUGUAUGUAAAUUCAAUGAAUUGUGAAAUUUUUGGUGUGGUG